CUCCCUCAAAGUUUGACAUCUCCAGCGGCUACAGAAAGAGUUGUGCUCCGCCGCGGCCAUGGAGCCUCGGAAACGCACUGGUUUUGUACUGGUUGGAGUUUACCUGUGGGCAACAUUCUGCUGUCAAGUUUGUCAUGGUGGAGUGUACCAGAGAAAGCUGUAUCGUGAUCUGAUGGUAAACUACAAUCGACUUGAGAGACCAGUCCAAAACGACUCUGCACCCAUUGUGGUUGAACUCGGCCUCACUUUGCUACAGAUUAUUGAUGUGGAUGAAAAGAACCAAGUGUUGAUAACAAAUGCCUGGCUGCAGCUGCAUUGGACAGACAUUUACCUCUCAUGGAACCCAGACAGCUACCCUGGGGUUCAGAAUCUUCGUUUCCCUUCAAAUCUAAGGUUUGAUGCCACGUUCCAUACAAAUGUGCUGGUCAAUGCUUCAGGAGCCUGUCAGUACAUUCCACCAGGUAUCUUGAAGAGUACCUGCUACAUCGACGUUCGGUGGUUCCCGUUUGAUAUUCAGAAGUGUGACCUGAAAUUUGGUUCCUGGACCCACAAUGGUUGGUUGCUGGAUCUCCAGAUGAUGGAAGUCGAUGUCUCUACAUAUAUACCCAAUGGGGAGUGGGACCUUGUUGGUGUACCAGCAAAGCGUAAUGAGCUGUAUUAUGACUGCUGCAAGGAGCCCUACCCCGAUGUGACGUUCACAGUCACUAUGCGCCGCAGGACUCUUUAUUAUGGCUUAAACCUGCUCAUCCCCUGUGUGCUCAUCUCUGGUCUGGCACUGUUGGUCUUUCUGCUCCCUGCUGACUCUGGAGAAAAGAUCUCACUGGGCAUAACGGUACUGCUGUCUCUGACAGUGUUCAUGUUACUGGUAGCAGAGAUCAUGCCUGCCACUUCAGACUCAGUUCCUCUAAUUGCUCAGUAUUUUGCUAGCACCAUGAUGAUUGUGGGAUUGUCGGUGGUGGUAACUGUUCUGGUUCUGCAAUUCCACCACCAUGACCCCCACGGAGGAAAAAUGCCUAAAUGGGUCCGAGUCUUUCUUCUCAACUGGUGCGCUUGGUUCCUCCGUAUGAAGAAGCCUGGAGAGGAAAGCAAAACUCCAGUGAGCUCAAGCAGUCCUCCAACUUAUAAGUACUCCCAUUCUCCUGCUCACCACACUAGCACCACCAGCAUUCAGAUGAGCACCAUACCAGGGCAGCAAUCCACUCAGGCAACAACAACCAAUGGAAACAUGAACCUAUACUUUAGCUACCACUCAAUGGGCACAGACAACCCUGUGUUUCCACCUAGUGUUGAUUCAGGUGUGAUUGUGUGCGGUGGUGGAAGUGGAGGUGGAGGGAAUCAUCAUAACGGUACCUCCCAGCUUGACAUCCACUCAGACCAGACACGGACUUUGCUUUUGGAGCAGAUUCCCGAAAUUUGCCGGAUUUUGGAAGAAGUGCAGUACAUUGCGAAUCGCUUCAGAGAGCAGGACGAGGGGGAGGCAAUCUGCAGCGAGUGGAAAUUUGCAGCUGCAGUCGUGGACCGGUUAUGCCUGGUGGCCUUCUCGCUGUUCUCCAUCAUCUGCACCUUCACUAUUCUCAUGUCAGCUCCCAAUUUCAUUGAAGCCGUGUCAAAAGACUUUACGUAAGGCUGCUCUCUACCAUCACUGACAGAUAAAAACUAACAGUAGAAAUUCUGACACAAUUAGACCUGCACCACACAAGCCUCUCUUGUACUUUUAUGUGAAGACACACAAGCUCAAGUUAAUUUAGAAUUGAUAUCACCAUAGAUCAGUACCCAGCCUUUACCCCUUUCAUUACACAUUUGUAGGUAUAUAGCUGGGGUAAUGUGUUUUUUCCCUGUGAAGGUUGCUCUUUAGCUUACAACAUACAUACAGGUACAUAGGAAGUUGAAGCAACAUGUAGUAGUUAAUGAUGUAGAAAGUCAGACUAAUGCACUUUUCUUCUGUAUCCCUGCUGCACCACAUCAUUUACUUGCCACCAUUUGAGCGUCACGUCUCAUCAGAAUUCACUCUUUCCCUUAUAGCUUUUCUUUUCUCUUAAUUUUAGAAUUUACACAUCCUGUCUUCACUCAGUUUUCUAGAGAUGUCUUACCUAAACAACUUCAGCAGUUAGAUAUAUAGUACAAGGUUUUACAGGUGUAUUCUUGUAAUGCAUUUGUUCUUUGUAUUUUAUAAAUAAAUCCACAUUUUACAGUG